AUGAAGCUCUCCAUCACGCUGCUUUCCGCGGCGGUCGCGGUUUCGGCUGCGCAACCCCACCGUCACGGACACCAGCACCUGCACAAGGCGAAGCGCAGCAAUGCGCCCAACCCAGUCGGAAUUGUGACCGAAGUCGUCUACGUUUUGAACGGCGAGCUCAUCCCCGAGUCCGAUGUGCAGCAGGGCAUCAAGAACGGCUCCCUCGUCUUCGCCAGUGAUGGCCAGCUCUCCUCCGCAGCCCCACCAACCUACGCGGCUCCCUCGUCUACCAGCACCUCCGUCUACAUCGCGCCCACUACGAGCUCUAAGCCUGUCGCAAUCACUACGACCCACGCAGCUCCAUCCAGCAAGGCCCCAGUCAGCAAGGCCCCGGCGCCUUCCAAGGCCCCAGUGCCUUCCAAGGCCGCUGCACCAAGCUACUCCUCCGGAUCCGGUUCUUGGGGAUCUGAUGCCACGGGUGUCGAUGCUGACUUUCCCGAUGGUGAGCUCAGCUGCGACACUUUCCCGUCCGAGUACGGCGCUGUCCCCGUCGAGUGGACUGGGCUCGGUGGCUGGACUGGCGUUCAAAGCUGCGCAGGUUCUGACUCCACUGGAUAUGAGAACAUUGUGACCAAGAUCAAGGGAGACACUUGCUCCGAGGGCGAUUACUGCUCGUAUGCAUGCCCACCAGGCUACCAAAAGUCUCAGUGGCCUACCACUCAGGGCAAAACCGGCCAGUCCAUUGGUGGUAUCAAGUGCACCAACGGCAAGCUUCACCUGACCAACCCCGACAUUUCCAAGAAGCUCUGCAUGCGUGGUGCUGACGAUGUCACCGUUCUCAUUGAGAACAACCUGUCCAAGAACGUGGCCGUCUGCCGUACCGACUACCCGGGUACCGAGAGCGAGACUGUACCCGUCWACGCUAUGCCUGGCUCAACCUCCAACCUGACUUGCCCAGACGCCGACAACUACUACAAGUGGCAGGGCGGCAGCACCUCUGCGCAGUACUACGUCAACCCAGCCGGUGUUGCUCUCGAGGACGGCUGCCAGUGGGGUACUGCUGCGAACCCAUGGGGCAACUUUGCCCCCAUGAACAUUGGUGUCGGUUACAGCAACGGUGCCGCAUGGCUCUCAAUCUUCCAGAACGCGCCAACCACUGAUGCCAAGCUCGACUUCUGUGUCGAGAUCAAGGGAGACGGAGUGACCGGCACUUGCAGGUACUCCAACGGCCAGUACUGCGGUGGUGCCAACUACGAUGAUUGCAGUUCCACCAAGGGAUGCACAGUUUCACUCACGUCAGGAACUGCCACCUUUGUGUUCUCCGACUAA